AUGCGUGCCACUCUUGUCUCAGCACUCUUGUCCAUCUCCUCUUUGGCGUCUGGCCUGGAAUGGUCGGACAACCAUGAUGGGGACUUCUCUACUGAGAAGUUCGCAGAGGCUAAUUCUCUUCGAAACCGCCGUGUCUGGAACCGGCCAAUCAAGCGGCAGUCGGGCUGGAGCCCGCCAUCAGACAUCUCAACACCCCUUCAAGAGGUUUGGGAUCACUGCAUCGAUACCUACUCAAGUGGCCUCUAUGGCUUCAAAAACUAUGGCUGGGACCAGCUCAUGGCCACAGAUGGAAAACUCAACAUGUGUGUCCGUUGGGAAUCUAGUGCAUUAGUAACCGAGGCCCAGCGCACCCAGAUUGCGACAGCCAUCAAUACUCAGUACCAACAAUGGUUUGAGUGGCUUUAUGGCUACGAUAGCUUCCCUUUCUCCAAAAUCGAGGUCAAUGUUGUCGGCUGGGCUGUUUCAGAUGCCUCCAAGCUGGAGGGCUCGACCGACGGUAUCGAGGUUUAUACCGAUACAGACGCCGACGGAAUCCCUCAGUGCGCAGAGGCUUGCGGCAGGUUCUUCCACAACGACGGCGACUACAGCGGGUGUGCAGCAGGCGCAGACAAACACUACGAUCAGUCUCUGUGGCUCACCGAGGGCAUGAGCGGCGGUGCUGGCGGCGACUGGGGCCAAAGAAUCGGAAGCGAGUAUAUGAUCAAUGCCCUUGGCUCUGACAGCGUUCAUAUCCUGCUUCACGAGAUGGGCCAUACCUUUGGGCUUGAUGACUUCUACGAUUGGACCCCCACUGGAAUCUCGAGCUUCGUGAUGCUCGCUGGCUCCGCGACAACUAUCACCGACUUUGACGGCUGGAUGCUUCGAAACUGGUGGUAUGAGCUCUCCCGCAACCGAGGAUGGCAAUCCGGCUCUGGCUCUAGCUCGAGCACUGCCUCUGCUUCCGCCCCGGCCGCAACUGCUACCGCUACCGCUACCGCUUCCUCAGCCCCAACUUCAGUUGACUCCCCAGACACGACCUCCGUCGUCUCCCCGGACACUACCUCCACUACUUAUCCGGAUACCACCUCUAUUGCCUACCCGGAUACCACAUCCAUCGCCUACCCUGAUACUACCUCCAUCGCCUUCCCAGGCACGACACCCGUUGCCUCGAGCUCCAUUAACUACCCGGAAGCCACAUCUAGUGCUAACUCCCGGUCAACUGGCAGUCGAACGACCUCUGGCAGCGGAUCGAGGCCUACAUCUGGAGUGGAGAGACCAUCGUGCGGAAAGAGCCGCAGGAGUUUCAAGGCUUGA